AUGAGCACUCCAUCGGGCCAGACCAAUGGGUCGCGACCGGAAAUCGACCCACGCUCUUACCAUGAACAUUAUCAUGGCUUGCAGACGGGAUCAUACACAGACCAGCAGCUGCGUCAUGCUUCUGCCCACCAUUUGCAUAUGACCAACCGGCGAUUUUUCGUCGGUCCAAUUCCAGAAGGCUGGCUGCAAGGUCAUCGCAAGUCUUGGUAUAAAUCUCGACUAAGACUCAGAAAUUAUACAUCGCAGACAGUCUCAUUCUCUGCAGACCCGGUUGCGACCCACUACGGCGAACAGGGUGAUCGGCUCGGCCCAUCGUCACCUGAUUUGGAUGAGGAGGCCGCCCUGGCACUCACCAACACAGACACAGAGGCGUUCGAGGGACAGGAUAAUGAGGUGGAAACCGAGACACAAGAAGAAGCUGUAGCAGGGCCUGUGGGGGAACUCCAGACCCUAAUACACCCUGAAGCUGAGGCCAGCGGUGACGAUCCUCUACCGGAAGAGGACACAGACACUGAGAUAAGAGAAGAUGGAGGGGUUGAUGAUGAAGAAUACCGCGGGGAGAGUAGCGGGGGGGAUAGUGGAGAGGAUACAGACAGCACUCCCAAAGCCAGGACAGGUGGGCAAGUCGACACAUACGGCAAUGAUGUUGCUUCGUCUUCGUUUGUCACCGCCAGGGAAGAUCCUGCCAGCUCUACAGAUACGGGGGAAUCAAUAGCCACCAUAAAAGCGAGCAGAUUGGAGCCGCCUGAGCUGCGACCAAAGUCCCGGGGCUCACAAACAGAUCUUACUGGUCACUAUUCUCCUAACCCUCUGACCCCCAAUCAAUCUACGGUUCCCAGCGAGGCCGAUUCAGCAACACAAUUGCUUCGGCGCGAUCACAAGGACAAAGGGAAACAGAAAAGCAAAGCAUCUGGCGUGUCUCGAGCAACGCUUCAACACCACGAUCCACAAGAUGAAGAUGAUGCUGGCGAAGAUGCACAAGUCCAACGGCGCCUCACCAGGAAGAUGGCAAAAUUGAAUCUGGAUGACAAUCUCAGACACAGGAAACACAAGAUGCGCUCCAAGAUUGCAAAGACCCAAGGCAUUAUCUCUGCAAAUCGACCGCGCCGACGAAAAGUGCAAGAUGGAGAGAUUGUCAAAGCAGAGAAGAUGCUGGUUUGCGUGGAGGAGACUCUGCAGACCUCACUUCCUGCCGAUUACACCGAGAAUGACAGCCUGCGCAUGGAAACAAGGAUGGUAGACAGGUGGAGGGAGUUUCUCGUGGUAUGCCGCAAAAUCUCCGCAGAACACACGCCAUUUGCCAUUCAAAUGUACCGCACCCGUGUGAUUCCUGAUGUGCAACGACCGAACAGCAAAACGCCUCCUUAUUAUGAAGUACGGCUCAACUACAAAGAUACCCAUAGCAUCGUUAUUUGGCGUCCCUGCAAGCGUGGAACCAAAAUAUUUAUACUUCGCCCAAAGUCUGCGGCACACUCUGCUGAAUGGUACACUUUCAUUCGCCAGGUGCUUGGAUGGCGGCGUCCAACCUCACUCCCUAUUAAUGUCCCCGAUCUGGGGGUUUCCCUUGUUUUCAAAAAUCCAUUCGAACAGCUCGAGGCAGAGCUGAAAACAGACAAUCCUGAUAGCGAGCACGCUGCAGCAGUCGAUAACAAGUUUGCUGCCGCUACCAUCAUCCAAGGAUGCAUGGAUAUGCUUGAAGGUCGUGCUGAGUGGGCCGAGGUCCUGAAAGCUUGGUCCAAAACUGAGAAGAUGGGACUUGCUUGGAAGCGAUACGAUCGACUUGAAUGGAUUUUUGGAGUCAACGAGGAAAAGAUGCAUGGGAGCAUGGCGAUGCAAUCAUCUCACGAACUUGAGUUACGUCCAAGACAUCAUUACGCUACUACAAUUAGGCAUCGGGGUAUACAGGAGGAGCCUGCCCCGGUUGAAGGGUUUCUAGUCCGUCUCACAUCCCAAAAGGGUGUACAUCAGCGGAUGAACAGGAUGUUCUUCAAACGGUUGUACUUUUUCACCCAAGAUCAUUAUUUGUUCUUCUGUCGGCCAGCCAAGGCAUUCCCCCCGCAACCGCCGAAAUGCGCUCCCCCAGAAGACGGAAGUAUACCAACUGCUCGUGAAAUUUUGCACCAAAUGCCGCUCUCCUGGGAUAUCGAUCCUUAUCCACUUGAAAAUGGCGAGAUUACAUGGCUCUCCAGCGGCAAUCAGGAAUUCGUGAAACGGCACGAUGAAGAGGCCUAUGCGCACGUUCAAAGGAAUAUACACAAUAUUAGCCAGGCAGAUGGAUGUAUCGACAUGUGUCGAGUGCAAGAAGUCCGCCAUGUCUAUCGUGGCAGCUGCCCUGCCGACCCCAACAUUGGGGAAGGACCCUCUGUAGACUUCCACCCCGAACCCAGAGACUCACGACAGGAUGAUGGAGCAACGCGAGAAUUCGAUGACGAUAGGACGUUUGAAAUGGUCCUUGACAAUGGCCUUGUCAUUCGACUCCAAGCUUAUGAUGAAGCUACACGGAAUGAGUGGAUCAAACGACUCGAUGCGCUUGUUACUUAUUGGCACACUCGCUGCGCAGAUGACGCCACGGAACUGCAGGCCGUCCGGAAGCGUAAUCUCAAGCUAUUGGAUAUCGACGAAGCUAUGGAAUCCGUUGUCGGGCAGUUCGCAAAGAAGUGGGAGGUGAAGAAAGCCGAGGCGUCUCCGUACUUGCACAACAUGUGCUCGCUGACUGGUUGUCGGACUAUCAAGAUGUCUGGCCACCUCUAUCGCAAGCCCCGUCGCCACACCACUUUUUACCAAUGCCAUGUCAUCCUCACAGCAGGCAAGCUAUUGGUUUUCCGAAGCACGUUGCGCAGUCGAACCGGGACUGAGAUCCCACACAUUCAUCAAGAACUUGAAGCGACCAUUGAGCUGGAAGACUGCUAUAUUUAUUCUGGUUUGAUUACCGAGAACGACUUGCUAUAUGCCAAUCAGACGUUUGACAGCAAUAACCCUGGUCUUCAUGCUCUUCCACGGGUGUACCUCGAUCAGGAUGCCUUCACAAGUCGCGACGAGGACACCGCUAUCACCUUCGUGGUCUGGCAACCCUUGAGUAAGAGCUACUUCCGAGCUCAAGAGAUAGGGGAGCAAGGCAAAGCCAAGCGAUCCUUGCGGCAUGUGUCUACGCUGGGCAAGCAUGGCCGCACCAUUGUGUUCAAAGCACGCAGUCGUGUGGAAAAGGACCGUUGGGUGAUGAGUAUAUCCUCGGAAAUCGACCGUCUUCAGGAAGAGAAACAUGAAGAUAUACGGCUUGUUUCUCUAUGA